AUGGGAUCCACAGUGUGACAGCCCAGUGUGUCCUGCGUGUCAUUAUCAUCACCGAAGACAUGUUGGCCAACAGUAUCACGGUGCGCCUGGAGAACAUGUGGGAGGAGCGUUUCUUGUCACCUCUCCUUGCCAACUUUCUAGAGGGCGUGGCUACUGUGCUGGCCACGCCCAAGGAGGAUGUCUUCAUCUUCAACAUCCAGAAUGACACAGAUGUUGGAGGACAAGUGCUGAAUGUCAGUUUCUCGGCAAUGUCGCCCCGGAGUGGCCACUUUUUUAGUUCAGAGGAGCUUCAGGAACAGCUGUACAUGAAACGCAUGACCCUGACCUCAGUCUCCAUGCUGGAAGUGUUGCCCUUUGAUGACAAUGUUUGCCUCCGGGAGCCCUGCCAAAACUAUAUGAAGUGCAUCUCAGUGCUCAGGUUCGACAGCUCAUUUCCUUUCAUCGCCUCCCUGUCCACCCUCUUCCGACCUAUCCACCCUAUCACAGGCUUGCGCUGCCGCUGCCCUCAAGGCUUCACUGGCGAUUACUGUGAAAUGGAGAUUAACCUCUGCUAUUCCAACCCCUGCCUCAACGGUGGAAUCUGCACGCGCAAGGAAGGAGGCUACACCUGCAUCUGUCGCCAGCACUUCACAGGUGAUAAUUGUGAAGUGGAUAGUCGGGCAGGACGUUGUGUUCCUGGAGUGUGUAGGAACGGAGGUACUUGCACCAACUCUGCAGACGGAGGCUUCCAAUGUCAGUGUCCCCCUGGGGGCUUUGAAAAACCAUUCUGUGAAGUAUCUGUACGCUCUUUUCCUCCCAAAUCUUUUGUCAUGUUUCGAGGUUUGCGCCAGAGGUUCCACCUGAGCCUUUCUCUUUCAUUUGCUACUGUAGAGCGUGGUGGUCUCUUAAUUUACAAUGGACGUCUGAAUGAGAAGCAUGACUUUCUGGCUGUAGAGAUUGUUGAUGGGCAGGUCCAGCUGAAGUACUCUACAGGGGAAUCAAGCACUGUUGUUUCUCCAUCUGUACCAGGAGGGGUUAGUGACGGUCAAUGGCAUACGGUGCAACUUCAUUAUUAUAACAAGCCCAAAAUAAACUCUCUGGGUUCGGUGCAAGGACCUUCCACAGACAAAGUGGCCAUUCUAACAGUGGACAAAUGUGAUACAUCUCUGGCACUACAGUUUGGCAAUGAGAUUGGGAACUAUUCCUGCGCAGCAGAGGGAGUACAGUCCAGUUCCAAAAAAUCUCUGGACCUUACAGGGCCUUUGUUGCUUGGAGGGGUCCCCAAUCUGCCUGAAAAUUUCCCAGUGGAGCACAGAGAGUUUGUGGGCUGCAUGAGAGACUUGUACAUUGAUAGUAAACACAUUGACCUGGCUUCCUAUAUCGCAAACAAUGGGACCUCCAUAGGUUGUCAUCCCAAGCACUCCUUCUGUGAUUCAAAUCCUUGCAAGAACAGUGGCACCUGUAUUGUGGGUUGGUCUUCUUUUAUCUGUGAGUGCCCCAUAGGCUUUGGAGGCAAGGACUGCAGGCAUGCUAUGCAUCAUCCUCACCAUUUCCAUGGCAACAGCAUCCUUUUCUGGGACUUCAGGAAUGAAGUUAAGAUUUCCACACCUUGGUAUAUGGGCCUAGCAUUCCGGACACGCCAGGCAAAUGGAGUUUUACUUCAGGCAAAUGCUGGGCAGUACACCACCAUACUCUGUCAGCUGGAUUCCGGCCUGCUCUCCUUCAUGGUGAAUAGGGGACCUGGACGCACUGCCAAGAUCCUUCUGGAUCAAAUGCAAUUGAAUGAUGGAGUAUGGCAUGACCUUCAAUUUCAUCUACAAGAUGCUCGAAGUAGCCAUGAGGCACGUUACAUUAUCACCCUCAGUCUGGAUUUUGGAUUCUACCAGGAUACUGUGGUCAUUGGCAAUGAGCUUCAAGGCCUGAAGGUGAAACAUCUCCAUGUUGGGGGAAUCCUAGUGUCCGGUAAAGUGCAUCAUGGUUUCAAAGGCUGCAUCCAGGGAAUUCACCUAGGUGACACAGCCAUGGGAAAUGCACUGCCCAAGCCCAGCAGCACUGUGAACGUAGAGGCAGGAUGUUCUGUGCCCAACUCUUGUGAAUCCAACCCUUGUCCUGCGAACAGUAUAUGCCAGGAUCAGUGGCAAAGCUACUCUUGCGUAUGCAAACCAGGAUAUUAUGGUGGGAGUUGUCUGGAUGCCUGUCAACUGAACCCUUGCAAGAACAAGUCAGUGUGUAAGCGAAAGCCAGGUGCUCCCCAUGGUUAUAUCUGUGAGUGUGGAGAAAAUCACUUUGGGCAGUAUUGUGAGCACAGGAUGGAUCAACAGUGUCCCAAGGGCUGGUGGGGGAAUCCAACAUGUGGGCCCUGCAACUGCGAUGCGGCCAAGGGAUUUGACCCGGACUGUAAUAAAACCAACGGGCAAUGUCAUUGUAAGGAUUUCCAUUACCACCCUAAAGGGACUGACACCUGCCUGCCUUGUGACUGCUAUCCUGUUGGCUCUUCCUCACGGUCCUGUGAUCAGGAAAUGGGCCAGUGUCACUGUCGGCCAGGUGUGAUUGGCCGACAAUGCAACAGUUGUGAUAAUCCUUUUGCAGAGGUGACUCCCAGUGGCUGCCGGGUACUCUAUGAUGCUUGUCCUAAGUCUCUGAAAGCUGGAGUAUGGUGGCCUCAAACCAAGUUUGGCCUGGCGGCUAUACUGCCUUGCCCAAAAGGUUCACUAGGUUUGCGAGGUACAGGUGCAGCAGUUCGGUAUUGUGACCAGGAGAGAGGCUGGCUGGAACCAGAUCUGUUCAAUUGCACUUCACCUGCUUUCAAGGAACUCUCAACAUUGCUGGAAAGCCUAGAGAAGAACGAAACAGAACUGAACACCAUAGAAGCAAAAAAGCUGGCCCAUCAACUACGGGCAGUGACAGAACAGAUGGAGUCCUACUUUGGGAAUGAUGUUCAUAUUACCUACCGCCUGCUUUCCCACUUGAUGGCCUUUGAGAUCAGACAGCAUGGUUUUGGGCUGACUGCUACUCAGGAUGCUCACUUCAAUGAGAACCUCCUCCAAGCUGGCAGCUCAGUGCUCACGUUGGAAAACCAGGAGCACUGGGACACCUUGAUGCAAAAUGAUCAGGGAACUCCAGCUCUGAUGGAACAGCUGAAAGACUAUUCAGGCACUUUGGCCAGCAACAUGAAGCUCACCUACCUCAAUCCUGUUGGUGUGGUGACCCCCAACAUUGUGCUCAGCAUUGAUCGCAUGGAGAAUCACACCCAUCUCAGAAGACGCUAUCCGCGUUAUCACAGUACCCUCUUCCGUGGCCAGACCAUGUGGGAUCCACACACACACAUAGUUCUCCCCCACUCCAUCCUUACCCCCCACAAAACAGAAGCUCCUACCAUGACAAUAGCUGCACUGAUUAACGCUAAGACCAAUGACACAAUGGAAAGUCCUCCCCCAAAGCGUUCUGUGCAAGAACCUGAGCCUGCUGUAACCAUCCUCAUUCUCAUCAUUUAUCGCACCCUUGGUGGGCUUCUGCCUGCCCGCUACCAGGUGGAUCGGCGCAACCUUAGGUUGCCCAAAAACCCUGUGAUGAACUCCCCCAUUGUGACUGUAUCUCUGUUCAGCAACCACACUUUUCUGCAGAACAGUUUGGAAGAGCCACUCAUGCUAGAAUUCCGCCUGCUUGAGACAGCCAACCGCAGCAAGCCCCUCUGCGUUCAGUGGAAUCACUCUAGCCAGGUUGAGCCCACUGGCUUCUGGACAGCACGGGAUUGUGAACUUGUGUACCGAAAUACCACUCAUGUCCGCUGCCGUUGCUCCCAAUUCGGUACUUUUGGGGUGCUGAUGGACAGCUCCCACCGAGAGCAACUGGAAGGCGACUUGGAGACACUGGCCAUUGUGACGUAUUCCUUGACAUCUCUUUCUCUUCUAUGUCUGCUUCUGACCUUCUUCUUUCUGAUAUGCCUGAAAGGUCUCAAGUCUAAUACUCGGGGCAUCCAUUGCAAUAUUUCCGUCACUCUCUUCUUCUCUGAGUUGGUGUUCCUCUUCGGUAUCAAUCUUACUGAAAAUCAGUUCCUCUGCACUGUGAUCGCUAUCCUGUUGCACUACUUCUUUCUCUCUACUUUUGCUUGGCUCUUUGUGCAAGGCCUUCAUAUUUACCGCAUGCAGACUGAAGCUCGCAACAUUAACUAUGGAGCUAUGAGGUUCUAUUAUGCCAUUGGCUGGGGGGUCCCUGCCAUAAUCACUGGAUUAUCAGUUGGUUUGGAUCCAGAAGGCUAUGGGAACCCAGAUUUCUGCUGGAUUUCCAUCCAUGACAAACUGAUCUGGAGUUUUGCAGGGCCCAUAGCUCUUGUCAUUCUGAUGAAUGGAGUUAUGUUUCUUCUGGUGGCUAAGUUGCUGUGCUCACCAGGACAAAAGGAAGCCAAGAAGAAAGCUGUGCUCAUGACGAUGCGAAGCUCCUUCGUUCUGCUUCUAGUUAUUAGCACUGCUUGGCUCUUUGGUCUCUUGGCUAUCAACAACAGUGUCCUGGCUUUCCACUACCUCUACACUAUCCUCUGCAGUCUUCAGGGUUUGGCAACACUGAUUCUAUUCUGCGCACUGAACAAGGAGUUCCUGGAAGCCUGGAAAGGGGCCUGCCUGGCCAAGAAAGGCGAAGAAGCCCCCAGAAGUGGCCAGGGCCACAAUGCCUACAACAACACAGCACUAUUUGAGGAGAGUGGGCUCAUUCGUAUCACCCUGGGAGCCUCCACAAUCUCGUCUGUUAGCAGUGUGCGCUCAGGCCGUACUCAUUCUAGCCAGCGGGGCUACCUCAGAGAGAACAUGAUAGCACAUCAAGGCUCGGCUCUGGAUCACAAUUUGCUCAACCAUGCUGGCCCCACUGACCUUGACGUAGCCAUGUUCCAUCGUGAUGCAGGUCCAGAUCAAGACUCUGAUUCAGACAGUGACCUCUCCCUAGAUGAAGAACGCAGCCUCUCAAUUCCCUCUUCAGAGAGUGAGGAAAAUGUGCAUCUCCGGGGCAGAUUCCAGAGGCCGUUCAAAAGGGCAGCCCACAGUGAGAGGCUCCUCACCAAUCCUAGCAACAAUGCACACAAAGAUGUUGAUGGUAAUGAUCUGAUGUCCUAUUGGCCAGCACUGGGAGAAUGUGAGGUACACCCCUGUUCUCUCCAGAAAUGGGGCUCAGAGAGGAAGCUUGGAUUUGAUGUUAAUAAGGAUACAGCCAACAAUAACCAGCCAGACUUGGCUUUAACCAGUGGGGAUGAGAACUCUUUCACUCAGACCCAACGGCAGAGAAAAGGCAUCUUGAAGAAUCGCCUCCAGUACCCUCCAGCUUUGCAAGGCCUGUCAUCUGUGGGCAGAAUGACCAACGAUCUUUCCUGGUACAAAACCUCCACCUUGGGUCACAGGGCGGUCCCAGCUGCUUCUUAUGGCAGAAUCUAUUCAGGAACAGGCAGCCUCUCACAACCAGCAAGUCGUUACUCGUCCCGGGAGCAGCUUGACCUGCUGAUGAGAAGGCAGAUGUCCAGAGAUCAACUGAGCCGAAACAUCUCUGGAGAAUGCCUAGAAAAUAUGGCAAGCAGGCACAGGUCCCGGGAGCAACUGGAUGCCAUUAUGAACAGGCCUGGGUCAAGGGAUCACCUGGACACAAUCCUCGAUCAACAUGGAUCUAGAGAACACCUUGCAAGCAUACCCAGCAGGCAUGGGUCUAGAGAAAAAGUAGGUGAAAUAGCUGCUGAACGGGAUCCAAGAGAUCACAGGAACACUUUACCCAGAAGGCAGACAUCUAGAGACCAUCUGGAUUCUUUACCCUGUAGAUUUGGGUCACGAGAACAGUUAGACUGCAGUGGGGCAGUCAGAGAAAUCUCUAGAGAAUGGCUUAAUACCAUGCCUCUUAGGCAGGCCUCUAGAGAUCGAAUGGACACCUUGCCAGCCCGAGAUACUUCUCAAGAACAGUUGGAUCUGCUUUUUAGAGGGCAACCUUCAAGGGACCAACUAAUACCAGCUAGGCAUACUUCAAGAGAGCAUCUGGACAUAGUGCCUGGCAGGCAGACUCCUUGGGAAAACAUUGAACCUCUUUCUAGGCAGCAGCCAUCUAGAGAAAAUCUCGAACUCCUCUCCAGAAGACCGCCUUCUAGAGAAAAUCUAGAAGCCAUCCCUAGCCGUCACCCUUCCACAGAACAAUUAGACAUCCUUUCUUCCAUCCUAGCCUCUUUUAACUCUUCGGCUUUGUCGUCAGUGCAGUCAUCCAGUACUCCCUCAGGCCCACAGACUACCCCCACCCCUUCUGUGGCACAGGGGUCUUCUACACCUUCCAUGCCAUGCGCUUCGCCACCUCGGUCUGCAACCUCCCACAGUAUUUCCGAGCUGUCACCAGAUUCUGAAUUAACGAGAAGUGAAGGUCAUUCCUGA